UUGACUGUCCAUCCAUGAUGAUCUUUCCCCGGCCGUCCAUCAUGACGUAUAGCGCUAUAGUUUUGGUCAUCUUGGUCCAGUCUACCACAGCUGCACCCACCAGUCACCCAUGCAUCAGCGAGAUCCACUGCGACAUGGACAACCAUACGGACCCAUUAUGCGGAUUUACAGCUACAAAUUGGGAGCGUGGAACAUCUUUGCUAAACGGGCCACAGACGGAUGCAUCAAACAAGGGUCAUUUUGUAUACCUGGCCCAAUCUUCAAAUGGACACAGUCACCAAGUGGCUACACUGACAUCACCACACUUCUGCAGAGACCAGACCGUCUGUGUGUCUGCAAUGUACUGGCACAGUGGGGACACGCACCAUCACCUGACAGUACAUGUAGCUGGUGACCAUGCGACAGUACAACCAACGACAGAAGGAGCCUGGACAGGAAUUAACAUGACAUUCCACGUGAAACGUCAUGGCACGGUAUCAUUUCACGGCAGACUUGCACCAAACGUCACUCAGGCGUUAGAUGAUAUCAAUAUCACCAAGGGAAAAUGUUCCAUGUCGUCAACAAAAACUAGUACGAUCUACGGACGGACGAAUCUAUCCCUGACCACUAAACGCAAAACAAACGAUCACAAUCGAAGUACGCCUAAAACAAUCACGAACAAACAAGCUACACAUAAAUCAACAACACCCAAAACAACUACACCUAAACCACACACACACAAAACAACUAAAGCUAAACCAACUAUUCACAACGCAACAAAACCCAAACAAAACAACUACAAACAAACUGCACCAAACCCAACAACACGCAAAUCACUUGCUGAGGACUUUCUUCCCAGAGGCUUUGUGAGGGCAGACGUUGAGAACAAAGGCGAGAGGCACAUACUCCUAGCUACUGACCAGCAGUUAUCCAUGUUAAGCAGGAGCAGACAAUGGUUUGUAGAUGGAACCUUUAAAAUUGUACGGGCUCCCUUCUACCAGCUGUUGUCUGUUCAUGCUUUUAUUGCCUACCAGAAGGAUGAUGCCGUCCACAAGUUUGUCAGAAAACUCAUGGCCCUGCCGUUUUUGCCUUCUGAACACAUUCCUCGGAUGUUUGCUAAGAUUGCGGACCGGGCACCGAUGGAUGAACGGCAAGGUUGGGGAGCAAGCUCUGGGUAUCUAUAG